AUGAUGGAUGAGGAUGAUGAGGUCAGUCAAAACAAUCUUUAUGGGAGCUAGCUCACCGACACAAGCUUGUGUUCCUCGACGGACGACUCCUGACUCGUACAAUGACGCGCGUUCCAUCUCGUUCUACAGGACUAUGGCUUCGAGUACGAAGGAUCCGAUAACGAAGAGGAUAUCGUCGAUGUCGAGAAUGAUUACUACAACGCCAAGUGUGAGCCCGUAGUGGCUGGACUGGACUAGGGGGAGCAAGAUUCGGAUCGCUGAUCAUCCCGUCCGACCGCUCCGGCUUUGGCUCUGGUUCUGGCUCUGGCUCUGUUUCCCCCUUUUCGACUCCGAACUUACUCUUCCCACAGCUCAAAGGGAUACACCCGACCUCGCCUUGGCCUCGUUCCAAAAGAUCGUCGACAACGAAGCCUCCGCGGGCGAACAAGGCGAAUUCGGCUUCAAAGCGUUGAAACAAAUGACCAAACUGACCUUCCGACUCGGGCGCUACGACGACGCGUUGAGGUACUACAAGACCUUGUUGACCUAUACGAAAAAGGGGGUGACGAGAAAUGUGGCGGAAAAGAGCAUCAAUGGGAUUCUGGACUAUGUCAGUGCCGAGCAUGGGUUGGAGACGGGUAAGAUGCAGGAGUUUUAUGAGGUCACGAUGAGCGCGUUGGAAGAGGCCAAGAAUGAGGUCAGUCAGAUCUUUGGCCGGGUGACAAUCUUAGGUGAAGGGAACUGAUUCGUAUUCCUUAUUCUUUUGCUUCUUGCAGCGCCUGAGCACAAAGACGAACCUGAAACUGGCCAAGCUGUGGCUCGAUCGAAAAGAGUAUACCCGUCUCAACAAGGCGAGUCUCUAUGAGCAAGGCGGUGUCAGGCACCUUUGUUCCGUGGCUAAUCGCUGGCUUUUCUUUGAUGUAGAUUCUGAAGGAACUGCAUGCCUCGUGUGCGCCGACCGAUGAUGGCGCCGACGUCGACAGUUCCAAGGGCACGCUGCAGCUCGAGGUCUACGCGAUCGAGAUCCAGAUGUACGGCGAGAUGAAGAACAACAAAAAGCUGAGAGUAGGUGUGGUAUUCAUCUCUAGCCAAGGGCUGCGCUGAUGAUGAUGGAGUGAUCCACUGCCUACAGGAGAUUUACGAGAAGAGUCUACGCGUGCGAUCGGCAAUCCCGCAUCCGAGGAUCCAAGGCGUCAUUCGCGAGUGCGGUGGCAAGAUGUACAUGUCUGAGAGUGAGCGGAGCUCCCUCUUUCUUUGCUCCUACUUCACCUGGUGUGCUGAAUGAUUUGGUUCCGUGGUUCCGCUCGCAGGGAAUUGGAGUCAGGCCCAGAUCGAUUUCUUUGAAUCCUUCAAAAGCUACGACGAAGCCGGGUCCCCGCAACGCAUCCAGGUGCUCAAGUAUCUCGUGCUCGCGCACAUGCUCAUGGACAGCGAGAUCAACCCCUUUGACUCGCAAGAGACCAAGCCGUACAAGAACGAUCCCGAGAUCAUGGCCAUGACGAAUCUCGUAUCGGCGUAUCAGGCGCGUGAUGUGCACGAGGCUGAGAAGAUUUUGAGAAGUAGGUCACGAAGGUCUCAGAGUGAGCUGCUUGAUUUUGACUCGUUCCUUGAUGCUACAGACAAUCGCUCGACGAUCAUGGACGACCCUUUCAUCCGCGGCUACAUCGACGAGGUCCUGCGCUCCCUCCGCACGCAAUGGAUCCUCGAAAUCAUCAAGCCCUACACGCGAAUCGAGAUCGCCUACCUCGCGCGCCAACUCUCAAUCCCAUCCGAAAGCGUCGAAGCGAUCCUCGUUUCCCUGAUCCUCGACGACAAGAUUCAGGGACGAAUCGACCAAGUGACCCAACGCCUCGAAUUGGAUCGCCACAAGGCCGUCGAGGUGAGGCGGUACGCGUCCCUUGAGCGAUGGACGACGCAGUUGGUCAACUUGCAGAAUGUGAUGAUCAACAAGUCGACGCAGAUUGGGGGGCCCGAUCGACAGAUGGGUGGGGCGGGUCCGGCGGGAGGAAUAAUGGGUCCGGGGUCGAUGAUGAGUGUGGGUGCGUCCGGGGCGGAUAUGUGGGCUUGA